GACCCAGCCAUGAAAAAUGUGGUUCAUUUCUUUGAGCAGUUUCAACACAAAGGACAUACCUGUCUAGUGUUUGAAAUGCUGGACAGGAGUCUUUUACAACUGCUCAGCGAACAGCAAGGGACGCCACUCUCUCUCCAUGAGAUACGGCCAAUAACCCACCAGUUGCUGAUGGCCUUGGAUGCUCUGAAGGGCAUUGGUGUGGUUCACUCAGACCUGAAGCCAGACAAUAUAAUGCUGGCAAACCAUCUGAGUGAGCCCUUCAGAAUAAAACUAAUAGAUUUUGGCGUGUCGUUCAGUGUCCGAGAAGAGGUAUUUGGGAAGACAAUUCAGCCUCUGGGUUACAGGGCACCUGAAGUCACCCUGGGCCUCCCCUUCUCCGAGGCCAUAGACGCUUGGAGUCUAGGCUGUGUGCUCGGGGUCUUGUACCUCUGCAAACACCUGUUUGCGAUAGACUGCGAGUACCAGUCAAUGAGGGGCAUUGUAGACGUCCUGGGCCAGCCAGCUGACCACCUUCUCUGUGCUGGGAAAUGCACACAAAAUUUUUUCAAGGUGGAAAAGCACUUGGACAGCCCAAGAUGGUGGAUGAAGACCCCAAGGGAAUACCAGCUUGACACUGGAAUUGAGCCGAAAACAUGGGACACAACAAUCAGAAGUCUGGAUGACCUGAUAACACACAACCCAGACACACGGGAAUCCAUUGAGCUGGAGGAUCAGAGAGCCUUUGUCAGCCUCCUGACAUGCCUUCUAGAUACAGACCCAGAGAAGAGAAUCACUCCGGGGAAGGCUCUCGAUCACCCCUUUGUAACAAUGGUCCAUCUGGAAGAUGAAAUAGACACCAGCUUUUAUGUUGAAGAUUCUUUAGAGAAAAUGAGGAUCUUACCAAUGGACAACAUGGACCUAUUUCUUGACUGUGCGGCUGAGGAAGAGCCCAAAGAGGAAGAGCCUUCGGCCAUACCUCGUCAUACAGACGCAGGCUCAGUCCUUCCUGGCUCCUGUGAUGGCAUUAAAAACAUGCCUCAGUCUUCUGAAGGAGCAGAAGCUGCUGCAGGAAUAGACACUACUGGCUCGGCUAUAAAGGAACCAACUGUUAGCCAAGGUGCAACCAGUCCAGCUGAGGAUGCAUCGGCCAGUGGCGGGUCACCCGAUGAAAGUCUGCCUGCUAAAGUCAAGAAGAGCCCGCUGAAGAGAGUCCGAAAAUUCUUUGGCAGGGCAAUAAGGACCAUUUUACGACUGAAAAAAGUCAAUAAAUAAAUGCUGGAUGUCAUAUUCAUAUCAGUCAUACUUUUUGGAGGAGGCCAAGUGUGAAUGGUUGUUAAACCUCCUGGGAAGGGAUGAAAGGAUGGCAUUAUCCCUCUCUCUCUCUCUCUCUUUUUCUCUUCCCCUCCUCUCUUUCUCUCCAACCCAACCGGUCAAGGCAGAUGGCCAGCCACCCAGAGUCU